GUUCAUGGUGGUUACAUGGUUCCGUUGUUCACAGGCGGAGGAACCGCUCAUCGCGCCGAAAGAGCAGCGGAUAUUCAAGUCGAAAUCAAUGGUGAUCUCACGACGACCAAAUACCUGACCACCACCCGACCCCUUCCCACCGGCGUCCUCUUGUCCACGGCGCCUACUUUUGUCUCGGACGGCACCACAUCCGAGUACACCACACUGGUCAUCGGCACCGUCGCCAACGGCUUCUACUCGCGCAUCGUGAGCACGGCCGAGCGCGUCUUCUACGCCAUCCCGCGUUCAGGCGACCGGCCGCAACCGACCGGCGUGGUCUCGGAGGCGGUGAGCACGGAGGUGCAGGGUGGCGCCACCACCGUGCACCGCACGCGCUACAUCCGCACCUCGCUGGGCGCCAGCUACGGCCAGGUGAUCGAGCGGAGCAGCUCGGUGGUGCCGGAGCUGCAGAGCAGCCAGGCGGAGCCGGAGGAGCUGCUGCCGACGGUCACCGUCGGCGAGCCGCCCCAGUACGCCAGCUUCGCGCCGCACUUCACCGCCGAGCCGGUGGAGCUGAACGAGAUCCCGCAGGCGCGUCGCGUCGUGGAGGGCGAGGAGAUCAUCAUCGUGGAUGACGUCGCACACCCAGACACCAGCCGCAAGAUCCUGCCGACCUACACGGCCGAUGGAAACCUGCUGGUGCUCAACACACCGCUCGUUGUAGUGCCGAACAGGGCGUCUUUCGAGAAGACGCAGGAGCUCCUCAACGAGAAGGUGAACAAGAUGGUGAAGGAUCUGGGUCUUGAGGAGCAGAGCACUCGAGUGUCAAGGGACUUCAACGACCUGGAGACCAUCGAGAUCCUGGAGGAUUUGGCCCUCAGUGGUAGCGAGCUGACUACGGUGACGUAUGUGGGUUUCUCCGACUUCGUCACCACCAUUGGGAGCACCGUCGUGGUCUUCAUGCCACAAUCGGCGGGCGCAGCGAAGAUCCGAGAGAAGAUGAGCAAGACGGCUGGGCCCAACUUUGUGGGUCCAACGAGAGCUGGCAAGGACAUCUUGCUUAGCCGUGCGCCGGUCUUCAUUCCGAACCGCGGCGAUGUCAUCACAACGACUCGGACAUUCGUCUCACACGAUAAGAUGGGCACGAAAACCGUUGAGGGUCACGACAUCGAGGUAAAGAAAAACAUGGCGACGUUAGUUGCCGGUAGGCCCGUGGAGACGGUGGUAAUGAACAAAGAUGAAGGAACCGUCACGCGGUUGGGAGCCGAUUCCGUCGUUUCCGACAACGCCAACACAAACGUUCUCUCCACAGCCAGCACCAGGGUAUACAACACUGUUGACCUUUACCCUACCGGCCUGGUGACCUCGAUCGGAGGCACAGUGGCGCGUGAUAAGGUCACCACCGUAUUCACCACCCUCGUGUAUGGCACCUUCAUCAAGGGCCGCUACGCAAAGGUUGUAAAGAGCACGUCCAGCAUCUACUAUCUCGUGUCGAAGACGGACAGUUUCCAGCCUACCCCCGUUGUACAGGCCGCUCCGUCUACCCUUCCUAUAAUCAACAACAGUCUGGGAAGAGCUGUCGGCAGCAGCGCAGCGGCUCAGGUGAUCGUCGCUAGCGCGGACGAGGCCAAGGCAGCGCUGAAGAACUCGCAGCUGGAGGGCAGCAUCGACACGUCGUCGGCGCCGGCCCUGUUCUCCUCGCAGGCCGACAGCGAGGAGGAGAAGUCCGUGCUCAAGACAUACUACACCACCUUCACUUAUUUCACCACCCUUUCCAGCGGUGGGUCCACUGAGGUAAAGACCAGCCUGAGCACGGUGACCAGCGUGGCCACGGAAGGCCUGCAACCGGCACCGCUGACCUACUUUACCACCUUCACGUACUUCACAACGUCCCAGUUGGAUGGCCGGGAAACCGUGUCCACUCGUUACGUUACAGAGUCGCAGGUGGUGACGCCCACCAAGGCGUCGUUUGUCAGCAACACCGAGUCGCUCAAGCACGUGACCAAGACGUUUUUCACCACGUACACGUAUUUCACCACCUCCUACGCCGGGGAGAGCAGCAUUGUGCAGAGCCGCCUGGUCGUUAGCAGCAACGUGGUGACGUCCAGCGUGCCUGUGUCCAGUUCGGUGGCUGCUCCCAGUGCCAAAGUGACCAAGGCGGGGGCAUCGGCAGCACAGUACAGCACCGGUCUACUGUCUUCCCGCGUCUCCUCAGAGGUGAACAACGGCACCACCACCCUCUCCUCUACCGGCUACUUCGGCACCUCUGUAAACGGCUUGUAUGCGCAGAUCAUCCAAAGCACGACGCAAGUCGUUGAAUCUCCGAAAUUAUCUAGCUCGGUGCAGCCUAUUGCUGCAACGCAAGCCAAGAAGGGACCGGUGUCAAGCUCUUUGGUGGUGAACAGCGGAGUUAGUGCAACACCGGCCUUUAAUCGUCCUAGUUCUGCCACCAAGCCACUGCUGAGCUCUAGUUCUAUCAUCUUAACGUCCCCCAAGAACAUUUUGUCCUCCAUCAGCGCCCAAAUUUCAUCCAGUGCGGCUUCUUCGUCCAGCCGCAUUCAGUCGACCAACCGAAGCUUCCUACCCUUCCGCACGUCCAAGAACCGCAAGGCCGGCGGGCUGCUCGCUCUCCUCGCCAAAAGUGGUGGAUUCUCGGUUCGGGAGUCCAAAACAUCAGCGUCGACCAAAUCAGGACCUACCAGCACGAGGGAGUCCCGUCCGCCAUUAGAAAUUCAGCAGACCUCGGCGUCAGGCUCGGAGUCCACACCAACGUCAACGCCUUCUCCAGCGGACAUUGCAUCCACUUCUGCCCAGAGACGUCUUGUUAUCAAGACGCGUCGACCUUUCCCCGGCCUGAGGAGGCCUGGCCGACCGGGACUGAGAGGCUUGUUCAGAGACAGGAAUGUUGCUGAUGAAGUAACAUCCGAGGAGCAGACUUCUGCCAAACCAGACAUCGAGACUACGACAACUGAUGAUGUUGAAGAUGAGCAGCCCAUUGAUCCUACAGAGGAGUCAGUGAUCGAAGAGUUGUUGGAGACCACCACCAAGGCCGAAGUUGUAACAACGGAGCGACCACGAGUCCUGGCCUUCGGCAGAAGUCGGCCUAAGAGCGGAACGCGAAACGCUCUUCCUCUUCGUCGCAAACCAAAAACCGGACCGAGGCGUGGUCUUGCUAGCCGUUUUUCAUCAGUGACCGCCGGCAACAGCGAACCGGAGGCGGAGACGACCACAGCUGCCACAACCACCACCACCACCACCACGACUACCGAAGCAUCCACUGAACCCCCAACUGAGCCUCCAACCGAACCUCCGACCGAACGCACCGCCGAGCCUUCGCGUGAGCCCACCAUUUCCGCGCCGCGGAGGCGUGGCCGCGGGCGGGCUCGUGGCGCCUCUCAAGGUGCGCGACGUCUCGUGAGCAGGAGAAGAAGACCGGGACUCACGAGAGGAAGACGAAGACGGCCGGUGAAUGAGGAAAGUGAUCUAGACGCUGCAGGAUCCGAAGUGUACGAAACAUACGCCAUUGUAGAGCCGCUGCCGGAGCACACCAACUUUUUUGAACAGAACCAUUUUUUAGAUGAAGCUGGUUCCGAAGUUGAUGUGGUCGUCGUCCACGGCGUCGACCCCCUUCAGGCUGCCGUGGAAGUGGCACAGGCCGGGGACGCCCCCGUUCUGUCGCGCACCAAGCGUCAGUCCGGCUUCGGAACCAGGACCAGGUCCCGCGCCUCUCAGCGGGAAGCUAUCUCUCACCGAGCAGCACUGGAUAGCAUCGAGUCGACUGCUGGUGGACAUGACGUUAAGGCUGAUCCCACAGAGGUCGUCCGGGGCCGGCGUCAAGGUGCGCGACGUCGCUCCAAGUCUAGAAACAGUCGGCAGUCCGAGACGCCCAGGGCUCGUGCCGUCAGCCCCACACCCACCGAAGAAGGUACCAAGCAGAAGUUCACGCUCACUCCUGACCGGUCGCGCGGUUCGACCCGCUUCGGUUCCGGCUCGUCGCGUUCGUCGUCUAGCAACACGCGGAGGGCCAUCCCAUCAUCGCGAAGGAAUCGCCCAACCUCCAACACCGGUAGCUCCUCCGGACGCGCGGUGAGCCUGCGGCAGCGUCUGCAGCAGGCUCAGCUAGCAGGAGGUAGCGGGUCAUCCCGUUCACCCACCAAGAACUCCGCCAACGGUCAGCCCUCACGAGGCACGUCCUCCCGUGGCUCGUCCUCGACCGCUCGUAGACCCUCUCGUCCGUCAUCCUCCCGUGAUCGCAACGUCGACUCGUCUGGCAGCCGCACCCGUAACAGAGGCCGCCGCCCGGCGUUCGGUUCCGGGCGAGAUCCAAACCGCGAGCCGCCCGACCCGCUACCCGAGAUCCGACCGACUCCGGUCCUCGAGGAUGGCCAGAUCAUCGUUCUCUCGAACCAGCAGGUCCAGGCCUCCAUUCCUGUGAUCGAAAAUGGACGCACAACGUUCAAGGACAUCUUCACGGCGCGCACAGUGACUAAGACGCUCGAGGCUGGCCAGUACACUGUGACGGAGGUGGAUGGAGCAGUACGCACGCAUCUUGGGCUUUCAACAACGGUCGGCGACGGCGGCCGCACGGCCGUCGCAACGCUCUAUAUUCGACCGACUGAUAUCAAAACGGGACUGUUCACGCCGACCCGAGUUCGAGGAAGGGUGACGUCUGCCAUCUCGUCGUACAUUCAGCCUGGCUACACUGUCGUGCCGGAGGUGAACACCGCGAGCCCGCAGUUGCAGCCGCAGCCGACAGUACAGAACAGUGCGCUGACGGCGCUGCUGCAGCAGCUGCUGAGCGGGCAGCAGGCCAACCCACUGUUGUCCGGUUCGUUCGCCGCGCCGGCCGCGAGCCCGCAGCAAGCUUACCGCACGCUGAGCUUCACCACCACGUACGUGACCACCGUGACGCAGUCGGACGUCACCACCGUGCCCAUCUUCUUCAACGGCCGAAAAACGAACACGGUCAUCAUCAACUCAGACGUGCAGGUGAUCACAGCCACGGAGGUCGUCACCUCGUCGACACCGAUCCCGGGUCAGACAGUGGCUCCAGCGCUCGGCCUCGGUGCCCUGGGCCUCGGGGGGCUCGGUCUGACUCCGCAGCAGCUGUUGCUGCGCCAGCUGUUGAGCCAGCGGCCGCAGCCGCAGGCGCAGCUGCCAGUGAUCCAGGCGACGCGCGAACCGACGCUCAACAUCGCUCCGAGUCAGCCGCCGCAGCUGGAAGAGCUGCUGCGGCAGGCGACCGAGGUGUCGCAGCAAGAGGCGCAGCGCGGCCCCAGCCCACCGCUGCCGCAGGUGGCAUCCACCUCUGUGGUCACCAUCUACGUCAGCGGCUCGCGACCGGGCGAGUUCUUCACGCGUCUAUCAACAGUGACCCUGGACGGGCCCGAGGCGACCCGCAUCAAGCGUGGCCAACUGCCCACGGCUGCCGUGCGAGCCACCGAGAUCCCGGCCUUCAUCGAGACCGACCAGGGCCUCUUCAAAGUGCCCAAGGACCCGCAGAUCUUUGGAGACCUCGACUUCUACGUCAUGUCGGCCAUGAAUGAAAUAGACCCAGACAUGAUCCAGUUAGGCGCCACGCAGACGCUGGAGAGCGUCAAGGGAAAGGCCACCAGAUAUCGCGAAAAAGUCAUCGAUGUGGUACCAUCACUAACGGACCGCCCCUCCCUUAAGACCGAUUCUUUUUUAUGGGAGGGCCCCGCUGAGUCUGCCCCACUCAGACGGGAGAAACGCCAAGCCACCAGGGGUCGCGCUAGAUUUAACGGUAAUGACCUAAGCUUUGCUCAACGGAAUACUAAUCAGGAAGCAGAAGAAAUCAAUGAACCAGCUUAUACAACUUUUACCUAUGCUAACACUGUUACUGACGAGUUUGGUAACAUUAUAAUAUCCAGCACAGAGCAUGUGCUACCCAAGCUAACCACGCAUAAAAACAUCGAGCUUAUAGAGCUCACCAAGCUGAGCGGAAGGCCAACAGCCUCCAACAGCCUGCUCUUCGGCAUUCUCGCAACCGAAGCAGAUGCAAUCACGAGAACCAUUGCUGCACGUGGUUCUGAACUAACCGCCGCUAGAAGAACCCUGAACAAUGGACGGUCAUUGGGAGACGUUCAAACGGUGCAAGACGUGAAUUCCGCCCGGCGUCGAAGACCGCAGGCCAGUAGCGAGCCCCGAGGGGAUUUUGUCCCCUCACAACGUGAUGGCGGCUCCGCCGCCCGCGGCCCAUCUCAGGCGUUGGUGAACAGGAACAGAAAUCCACUUUUGGAUCCUCAAGAGGAAGAUGAGCCUUUUUCUGAUGCCCUCCUUCGCUCGUCAAUCUCUGAAGAUCAGUUACAACUGGCUACAGAAAGAUCCACGACGACGCUGGCUCUUCCUGGUGAGGACAAAGGCAACGAAGCUGCAGCUCGUGCAGAAACGGUACCGCCUAAUGACCAGUCGACUAAUGAGGCACUGAAUGAAACUGCUGAUAGGGCCAUUUUAUCGAACGUACGUCAAAGGGUUCGAAUACGAGGUCAAGACAGGUCUGGGACAAGGACACAGGCCUUCACACCUGCGGACUCGACGAACGAAAGCGAUAAUGAUAAAAAUGCGGUUGAUAGCACACUUCAGCCGCGAGCUCGACGGCGCCGCGUUCGAGUGCGUACGCGCCAACGGGUUGAGACAUCUGCGAAUGAUGUUACGGGAUCGCCAUCAGAUGACAGCGCUGAAAACGGUGGCGUAGGGGACAGCAGGAACGCUGGCAACCCGGCAAAUGUUUCGCAAUCACAACGUGGACGAACGCGUGAGCGUGGUCGCCAAAGGGCCAGCACAGCGCAGCCGGUUACUUUGCGAACCAACCGCCGUCGUAAUCAGACCACGCGGUCUCGUGACGGCAGCCGGGCAAACCUCGGUGCUAGUCAAAGCUCGGCCUCCCGUCGCAGAGGUAGGGGACGCGCUCGGUCCCGAACAACACCAUCGCCGGUUCCGGGAGGAGAUUCCGAGAACGCAAGUGUCGAGACGACACGAAGAGGAGAUGUAAAUGAACCACAGGAAAAAUCAAAAAGCAAUCUGGAAUAUGAUAGGACCACGGAACUAGGUGCUGCUGGCGUAGAAAGCGAUUCCAAAACAGCUGUACCUCUUACACCAGAAGAUAUUUCUACAACUCAGCUGUUGUCAGAUGAUAGUGAUGAGGAAGAUGACAGGGGUCUACAGCAAACAACCCUGCUGUCGACAGCCCAGCCAUCUGCUGGAGCUCGGCGUGGGCGGCCAAAAUCCCAGCCUCGUGACCAGCAAGAUGCAGUGCGUACCAGAAUUCAGUCGGCUAAACCUCCGGUGAUCAACAGGAGGUCUCUGGUGCGGGCGAUGAUGUGCAACCUGUGCCAACGCGUUCUGCGGGAGCAGUGGUUAGACGAGUCGUUGUUCGGAAAAGACGCCCAUUCAAAUCUAAUGCGACACACACUGGAACUGAUCCAAGGCGCCCGAUCAAAGCCAGCGCAACUGUACCGGUUUCGACUGAGCGCUCAACAACCAUCCGCCCUUCGCCUUCUAGACAAGGCCGAAGAAGAUCCCAAUAGAACCUUACCAACGUCAGCAACAGCGGCUUCUACAGAUGGAGUUGAGCCUAGUUAUGCCGAAAAUUUACUGGACGACGAACCCGAAGAUGUCGAUAUAUCUGCCAAUAAGAAAGUUAAAAAAGAUGCAGCUGCAUCUUCGCGGGAGACGGGAACAAGAGGGCGCAGAGUACGCGUCCGCACCCGCGUGGUUGGCAACAUUGCUGCAUCAAAGAAGACUGACCUUACAGAGAAUGAAGCUACGCCAAAAGAAACAGAUGAGAGCCACGAAAACAAAAAUGAAACAGCAGCGUCUUCGAAUGUAUCCACACCGCUCUCUACUUUAGGCAACAGAAGGAGGGGUUUCUCUCGCGCACGAUCCGUAAGCUCAACACAGACUAGCUCAAACACAGCUCGCUCCCAAACAUCAGCGAGCCUAAGGAAGUCCUCUGAUUUACGCGAUGGCGGUGAUGCCACCAUCUCAGAACUCCCUGAGCCAGUAGCUGAACGUGUCACAACAGGACGUCGUCGAGUUCGGGUUCGCACUCGCGUUCUGGCACAGCAAUCAUCUACCACCACCUCCACGAGGCCCGACUCUGCUGACACCACUGACGAAGCAGGGCUGAAGGAGCUUGAUGAUGCUGAAGAGGAGUCAGACAUCAAACCAACGCCACGCCCGGCUGCACGAUCGUUCAGCCCCCCAAGGGCCUCCGUUCGCAACCGAUCUCGUUCUCGUACCUCUGUUGCAAGCACUGUUAUCGACGCCACCACAGAUUCUUCCAGUGCAGAACGGCCCGAUGAGGAGGGCCAGAACGCUGUUCCUGGUCCCAGAACUGUAAAACCCACGGCUCGUGGCACAUCCAGAAGACGCCCUGAACGGCGUCGCACGACACUGUCAGGACGAAGAAGAGGCUCCGGAAGCAGACAGAGGCCUGCCCAAGCAGAGGUUUCCAAUGCGAAUGAAAUUGACUCCGAAGUCGACCGAAAUCAGUCCCAAGUGUCGCGGACACGGUCUAGAGUGUCUUCAUCUCGGAUAGGUUCCAGGAGGCGUGGCGGUCGCGCUAGAACUAGAGCACCGACAACAUCCACCGCGCCCACAACUGAAGGAAGCCGAGACCCUCCAGGGAGCUCUGAGACAGACUCUAUUAAAGCUGCGGAAGUUCCGACAGCGAGGAAAAUUCAGGAUAAUGGAGAGGAGCGUCUAGGAUUUAGCAAUGAUAUCACGGGUGUCAGUAGUGUCGGCAGCGAGUUUCCGCAAGACAACCUCGCCGAAGAGGGGCCGGCCAUACGGAAAGUGAAGAAGAUCAGGAGAAUCGUCACCGACCCCGCGUCGGAUGUGCCGCCACAGGUUUCAGGCGUCGCAGUGACAUCUGGAUCAAAUAGGUCCUCUCCAUCUUUGGACCGCAGCAAAAAGGAAGGAGAUAUCAAUGUAAGCACAUCGUCUGUGGACAGAAACACUCAACGAUUGAAAAGAAGACGCAAGAUAGUUAGAACGGUCUUGGUGCCGGGUGAAGACAGGCCAACUAGUGUUGUUGGUGAUCUAGAAAACACCUCGACUCAGACCUCAGCGCGAGCGACGGCAAGGGUGACACAAACAAACACUGUGGUGCGUCCAGCCACCUCUACUGUCGCCGACAUCGCGUCACAGCGUGAUGAUGAUGCCGCCGUUGAUGGCGGCAGAGGCAGACUUCCUGCUAAUGCCACGCGGAGACAGCGGGUAAGGGUGACGCGAACGCGGACUAGAUUGCGCCCCACGGCUUCCCUUGGGACUUUGCCGACCGUAGCCACCUCGGAGCAGCGUCUUCCGAGUCCAGGCGCAGCAGCAGCCUCUCCAUCUCGGGAGGGCGGCCGGCUGCGAGUGAGCCCCGGGAGACCGAGGCCGGCCGGCAGGUCACGCCAGGUGGUCACGAGGACCAGGAUUCUAUCCCAGCAACGGGACGAUCAAGCUGAGAUUGCUGACUCCACCGAGAGAGAACAAGCGACAACGGAGGACGCGUUGAGUGUUCUUGUGAACGGGGAUGAGAGAGACAACAAUAGAGUCGAAUCAUCUGUCGCGGACGAACAGGAGAUCGGAGUCCCAGGUCGGGUGCAGAGAAAACGAAUCCGAAAGCUAAAACGAAAGAAAAUCGUGCGGGUGAAGGAAGAACCACUUAACGUUUCUGAGACUUCUGGUUUGGAAGAAUCGACAGAUCGUCCUUCUCGUCGUGGGGGUCGUCGUCGCGUUGUCAACCUCAGACGAAGGCUGCCUGCCACCACUACCAGCUCUCCACGCAGUGGAAUAGAGGGGGAUGGGUCAGCUUCUACUGACGAGGAGGCAUCUGAACGAUUUGUAACAACAACGCCCUCUCCCAGGAGAACCGCUCUUAGUUUGCUUCCUAGGAGGACGACUGAAGCGCCGGCAUCUUCUCCUCCAACCUCUGAUGCGGAAGAUGACGCUGCAGAUGCUGUGGCCGAAGGUGAAAGUCAGAUCUCUGCCCCAGAAAGGGCUAAAGGCAGACUAAGAGCCACUGGCUUUAACGGCCGCCGUCGACCCAUCCAAAGACCUACACAAUCUGGUGUCUCUAGCCUGGUACAAGCCUCGACAGGGCGUGGAUCGGCUGACAGGCGGAGUCGGUUCCGCCGUCCGGGACGUCCUAGGCAAGAUCUUGUCCGGCCAGAAGAUGACACCACCGUCACUGAUGCCACUGCAGUAGUUGACGACUCCGACGAAUCUGACGCCAAGCAGGAGACCACUACGACUAUCUCCUCGGAGCAGACCAGACCCGGGCUCCGCUUCAGUGCACCCAGACCCUCCAGACCAGGCUCACGACCUACUCGGCCUCCACCUACACGUAGGCGAAGACCGCCUCAGCGUCCUCCCGCGGUUAGCAUCGACGAUGUGGGCCGGGCCGAUAGCGACAAGAGCGCCGAUGACGAGUCCGAAGUGUCAGACGCUGCUCCGGUACGUUUCCGAACUCGGCCGAUCUUCUCGAGCGGUCGUCCGAGAGGCCGGCCGCCCACCACAGCUCCUCCUCAGACCACGACCGGCCGGGGCAGUCUCGCCAACAGAUUCUCGGCCGGUCGGAGAGGCAGACCUGUGGUGCCCUCUCGUUCGCGGUUGGGUGCAGGCCGGCAGCCGCCCCGCGCCGGCUCUCGGCCGCUGGGGACAAGCCGGCCUCAGAACGCCCCCUCCGCGGAGAGCAGCGGGCGGGGUGGCUCUCGGGCGCUGGGGACAAGCCGGCCCCAGAACGCCCCCUCCGCGCAGGGCAGCGGGCGUCCUGACAGACCAUCAGGGGACGAAGACAAUGGGGAAAAGCUGGAAGAAGCCAAGUCAUUCACAACCACCACAACACAGGCGCCUGCUACGGCAGCACGGCCUCCGUCAAGGCGCAUUCCGUUCUUCCCUGGACUGGCUCGUGAGCGAGAUAGAAGCAGGACUCGGCGACCAUCCGUCAGCCAAGUCAGCACACCAAGCACCACGGCCAGAACAGAGCCGUCGACAGAAAGAUCAAGUGCGGCAGACAUCGAUGAUGAGUACCCGAUUGAUGAUACUGAGGGGACUGCCGAUGACGACGUCCUUGAUUUCGAGUCGGACGACAUUGCUUCGUCCAGCGCCGCAGAGGACUCCCCCAACGACGUGCUCCCAAGCAACGUGGUGUACCGGAAAUUCAGCACGUUCUCGCUUGUGGAGAUCCUCGGCGGUCGCCAAACUCUGACGCUGCCUGUAUUGACUUCAACGCUGACGACGCUGGCGCCCUCAGACCUCCACCUGAUCACCGACGCGCCGUGGCUGUUCGACGAGAGCGCGACAUCUUCACGCACUCCGGCGGCGCGGCCGGCGCCCCCGGUCAUCCGACUGACCUCCACGCGGCAGACUCUGGCUAGUGCCGCUCCGACUCGCCCCGGCGCACCCCCGAGUGGUCUGCAAACCGCCGAUCGUGCCACACCCACGCUCCGACCCGUCCUCAGCACCGCACCCCGGAGCGGACCGACGUCGUCCAGAGGCGCAGCGAUAUCCACGGCAGCCGGAAGGCCGACGUCGGACGCCGUCACGACGACCAGGGACCAGAGACUGCUGUUCUCAUCACGGCCUUCAGUCAUCAGACGCCCAGUCGUGUCGGUUUCGAGUGAUUUGUUGGAAGCGUCACGCGAAAAAGCGGUUUCAAAUGGCGCAACGUCAGUUCCCAGAAGUGGUGUGUUGAGAUUCUCAGAGGAGGUGGAAGAUCGCGAAGAUGAUGUGGGUCGUGUAACUAGGCCUCCCGUUGGCCUUUUCGACCGGGAGAGUGAGGAUGAAGAGAGCGCAACAACCACGGUACCACCUCAUUCACCUAUUGUAGACACUCGCAAUCAUGAAACGUUGGGUGACGCAGACAACGAAUCGGUAGACGGUCUAGACCCGAUCAAAGAUUUCCCAGCCACAUCCUCGGUCCGCACAAGGCAUUCUCUCGCCUCCUCGUCUGUUAGGUCCUCCCGCCUUCGACCCCUGCCCUCGCCGACCCGAUCGCCGGUCACACCACUGACCAGUUCGGGAACGGUGGUGAUCUUCGCAGAGCUCGUCACCAGCCCAGUGAUAAAUCAGCGGGGACCUAUCAGCAUCUCCAGCCGACCCGCUGUCAGUCAAGAUGUAGCGCCUGAGGACGCAGGCCAGGUUCUGACCACUCCAGGCUCCGUGGUUGUCCCGGGCAUUGCCACCAAACUCAUGGAGAAUGGCGUCCCGGUGCUCGUGGCAGAGGGGAAGCUGCCGCCCGAGCAGGUGGUCAGCAACGGCCAGGUGGUGCUGAACUCGGGCACGCUGACGCUGCCUCCCGUGUCGCUGAGUGACGUCAUGUCCCUGUCUCCGAGCUCCGAGACCGACCCGGAGCUGGGCACGCGCGGCACCGAGGGCUUCGACUCGCGUUUCUACCGCACGCACACCUACUUCACCACCUUCACCUUCCUGAACCACUUCAAGGAGGGCGACCGAUCGGUGGUGUUGACAUCGCGUGAGACGGUGUCCAACGUGCUGACGUUACCGGCCGCCGUCACCACGCCCUCCUCGACGCGCUUCCAAACGGAGACGUAUCUCAGCACCUACACGUACUUCAGGACGACGACGCGCGGCAACCGCGAGCACGUGACCUCCACGCAGGAGGUUGUGACGCAAAUCGUGGUGACGGAGGCUCCGGCCGCGCCGCCGCUCGUCGCGCCGACCUCCCGCUCGCUGCUCUACACCAAGACGUACCUGUCGACAGUGACCCUCUUCGACACGGCCGUCGUGUCGGGCACGCAGGUGCUGGUCAGCACCACCAGCGUCAUCCGCGACGUGGCCGUCGAGACGUCCUACAUAGCGGCCGUGCGACCGACGGCAACCAGGCCCGUCAUCCAGGCGACGGUGGCGCCGGCUCCGCGGCCCGCCGCCCGGCCGCCGCCAGUCGUCGACCCCAGCUUGCUGCCGGUCGGCGAGCAGGACGAGAUCCACGUGGUGGCCACCAAAACGUUCUACACGACCAGCACUUUCUACACCACGCUGCUGGAGGGCAGCUCGACCGUGGUGCGCACGCGCACAGAGGUCACCUCCCGCCUGCAGACCGAGAAAGUGACGACGCGACUUGACUCGUGGCACCUGAGCUCGCUGCGCAGCUCGUUCGUCGGGCCGGCGGCGACGUCCACCACCGCAUCGUCGCUGCUAACGCCGCUGGUGACGGCGGAGUCGGUGGCGGCGCCCGUUGAGUCGCAGCCGACACCCAGUCGAAGCGGGACGCCGCCACAGCCCUCUCCGGUGGUGGCCAGCCCGGUGCCCGCGCCGCCGCUGGGCGGCGAAGACAGCGACCAGACGUCAACGACGCAGGAGGAGCCCAGUCAGAGCGUGAAGACCACGCCGUCGCCGGCGACACCGACAACCCCCUCCGAGACUCCGUCACCGCCCGAGAGCGCCGCGCAGUCGGUGACCGCGUCCUCGGAGCCGGCCGGCGACGAGGCGACGACGGCGGCCGCUGAGUCGCAGCCGGCGGCCGCCGACACGCCGACCGGCGCCGCAUCGCUGGUGUCGACCACCACGUCAGUGAGCCCCGUCACGCCCAGCACGACGACCGCGGCGCCCUCAGGCGGCCUCGACUCGUCCGAGUCGACGGCCGCCAGCCUAGGCAACCUGGCCGGCAGCCUGCUGGGACUGAGCGGGCUGGGUGCAGCCGGUCUGGGCGGCCUCAGCUCAAUGGUGGACACGGCUGCUGGCCUCUUCCGCAACGUGCUGCCGGUGGCCGUGCGGCGCGACGGCUCUUCCGGCGUGCCGCCCGACUCGCGCCCGCCGCCGGCCGUGCACGUGCAGCAGCGCAACCCGGCCUUCAUCCCGGUCGGUGGCGUGGCGGCGAGUCUACGGAACCAGCAACUGGCGACGGCCGCGCCCGGUGGUGGCUUCUUGGCCGUCAUGGGGCCCGAGGGCGAGAUGAUCCGGCUGCGCGGCGUGCCCAACGGCGGCGCGCCGCAGGAAUUCCUGGAGACGCGGCGAGCAGACGCCCCGCCGGUGCGGCCAGCAGGGCGGCCACCCGCCUACGUGGAGGCCGAGUUCGCCGACCAACAGACCGUCGACGACCAGGAUUACGCCGCCAGCGUUCAGGGUCCGUUCGGCACUGGACAGCUGACGUACUUCGACAGCGCCGACGCCGGGUUCGUGCCCGACCAGGGCUUGCGUCCGCCCCUGGCGUCGCCGAGCGCGGAGACCGCACAGGACGCCGAGAACGCACUGACAGGUCAGGUGUUCUGGUCACAGCGGCCCGUGUCGACAUCCACGCUGCACACGAUCGCCUCGCUGGAGGGCGACAACCGGAUUGUAGGCACCAACGUGUUCGCCAACGUGCCGACGGAGGAGGCGCCGCCCUCGGAGUCGCCCAGCAUCCCGGUGGUAGACCUGGAGCUGGAGCCCUCGACGGAGCGAGUCCGGGUGGCACAGCGAGGGGACCUGACGUCUGGCAGCAUCUCCGGCGACGACGAGAACGACAAGAUCAACUUCAUCGUGUCGUCGAGCUUCGAGCCGGCCGCCACCACGCCGAGCGUGCGCGUCGGCUCGGCGACGUCGAUCCUCGGGCCGGACGUGCGCACGCUGAGGCCGGACACGCGCGUCACCAGCCAGCACAGCAGCUCGGCAACUGUGAUCCACGGCGAGUCGACCGUGUUCGGCGGCCUGUUCACGCGGCCGCCGCUGCCCGUGGAGAACGUGCACGACAUCACCGAGAUUGUGCACGGCACCGGUCGGCAGUCCGUCACCAAGUACAUCACGCGAACCGAGCAGUUCACUCGCACAGUCACCGCCACCAAGACCGACAUCCGCUUCGAGGGGAGCUCCGUGGUGACCAGCACCAAGGUUAUCACCAGCACCCUGCCGCCCAUCACCAUCGUGUCCACGGUGAUCGGCACGUCCACGCAGGUCCACACACUCAACACGGCCACGCCCACGCGUGUGCAGCUGCUGUCAACAGCGACGCGCCUUCCGGCUCCCGCAGCGCCGCGCGCGCCGCCGCCGGAGCCGCCACGGGAGCCGCCGCGGGAGCGGGAGCGGGAGCGGGAGCAGAUCGCCAUCGCUGGCGUGUACGUGCCCGACUCGAUCGAGCUCGGAGACAUACGCAAGGGCGUCGACGACGACAACGAGGUGAACCGGGUGGUCAUCAGCCCAGGCGUCGGCCAGCAGAUCGUGGUGGAGCAGAGCGAGGCGGUGGCCACGCGCUGCGAGCGGCCGUGCCUGCCGGCUAUCUUCGAGACGUGUCGGCGCGUGGGCGGCGCGUACCGCUGCGCCUGCCGGCCCGGCUACUCGCGCGCCCGCGAGCAGGAUCCCUGCGAACCGACUCUCACCUACCGCCUGCACGUGCUGCUGGACCGCGUCAACGACAUCCCGCUGUCCUUCCGGCCGCCGUUCGCCGACCGCGACUCGAGCGAGUUCGGGCAGAUGGCGCGACUCACCGAGGCCGGUCUGGGCGAGGCGCUGGGCGCCACUCCCCUCGCGGACCGCCUGCACACCACCCAGCUGAUGGGCUUCAAGCCGACGCGCGCCGCCGGAGAGCACGGCAGACCGCGCCUCGACGGCCUGAUGGCCGAGAUCAUGGUACAGGUGUCGGACCGAGAGAAGCAGUCGCUGGACAAGGCCGUGCUGCAGGACACGGUACAGGAGGCGCUCCGCAGCACCAACUACUCACUGGGCGGCCAGCAGGUGGUCGUGUCCAGGCACACGGACGCCAUCACAGCGCUUGACUUUGACGAGUGCCAGGAGGCCGACUACAACGACUGCCACGCCUACGCCUUCUGCUACAACCUGGUGGGCACGUUCACCUGCAGCUGCAAGGACGGCAUGGUCGACAUGAACGUCAACGAAUCGCCAGGUCGAGCCUGCUCAGCUGAGUCGGCCGGCUGCAAGGAGUGCAGCUACAGCGGCGAGUGUUACACUCGGGAUGAUGGCGCCACCGGCUGCCGUUGCCACCGCUGGUACGCCGGCAACCGAUGCCAGAUCAACCUGCGUGUGCUCCUCAUCGCGCUCGUCACCGUGGGCGCUGUGCUCGCGCUCAUGCUGUGCGCGUGCUGCUUCCUCUGCUGCCGCCGCAAGGGGCGCAGUCACGUGGCGCCACCACUCGUGUUCACCGGUCCGGCCGGCUUCCUGCGACACCGCGGCACCAGUCUGCACAACCCGGUCAUCGAGCGACGAGCCAUGCUGGACAGCAGCAGCGACACCAGCGCCGCCAGCCCGCCUCGUCGGGUCCCGGCGCCGGCCGGCGCGAGGCGGGCACCGGCGCCGGCGCCGCCGCCCUCCAUGGGUGGCCGGAGCCGGCGCUCGGGCCGCACCAACCCCAGCUUCCAAGAGGACCGCAGCAUGGCGAGCACGGGCGUGCGGCCGGCCGUCUUCAUCCCGCGUGCCAAGCACAAGCACCCGCGGCCGGCUAGCGCCGGCUCGUCGGCGGUGCGGGUCGGCGCCGACGGCUCUGCCGACCUGCGCAGCACGCAGAGCCGGCUCCUGAGCGUGCUGGAGCCGGGGCCGCGCGGCCGGCCGCGAGCCGGCACCUUCACAUCGCAGCGCACGGCACGCAGCGUGAGCAGCGGCCGCCGCGGCCGCCGGGAAGAGGUCAGCCACCACCCGACCGGGCGGAGUCGCAGCUCGGACAACCUCAGUCAGCGCGGGGCCGACUCGCUGGCAGACCCGGCCGACUACGGCUCUCACAACUUCUUCCGCGAGAGGACGAUGUCGGAGGCUCGAUCGUUUGACGAGACGACGAUCCGGCCAAGCGUUCGCAGCAUGCGGGGCUUCGGCACGCAGUGCAGUCGGCUGAGCUCCAGAGCGCUCAGCUCCAAUAUGUUCACAUACGAUCAUCACACUAUGGCGGAGCGGGAUGCAGCAUCCACCUUCGUCAUGCCGGAAACGCAGCUGUUCCGGCCCGCGGCGGACUCGGACGCCCAGUCCGAGUUCAGCCUGGCGGACGACUUCCCGCAGAUCCACGCGUCAGGGCGCGGCUCCAGACCGCCAUCAGCCACCGGUAGCCGGCGUGGUCUGCGGUGAGGCCAGCGCCACCUGCCGGCCCGAUCGGCCUGACAUCUACCGGCGCACUAUUUAUUGACGUGUGUGAGUCGCGCAGCCCGGCCGAGGUGCCGCGGCGUUUGCCGGCGCGAAAAAGGUCAAACAGGGAGGAAGGGGAACGGUGUGCACGUCCCACUCCUGUUCGCUUUAAGUUGUUAUCGUUAUUCUGUAUUCCUAUUGUGUUGGAAUGUCCGUUGACGAGCCCACAUUGAUUCGCACUCUGAACUUGCGGUGCUUGUGAAAUACUUGCUCAAGAGUGCUGUCCCCUUCUCCUCAGCGGAAUGACAGGAAUUGUUAGCUGUAGACUACAUGUAGAAUGAUGCGAGUCGAUUUGUACAUACCUCUGAAGUCAGAAAACGGAGCAAUGCUCCGUAAGUAAGAGAACAUAAUACGUGCGUGAUUGUCGUGUAGCUCCGAGUAUUGUGAUUGUGCCAAACGAGGGCGGUGUUUCCGUGCGACCAGCAGCCGUAUGGACGGCUAUGCACUGACCGAUGUAAAUACUCAAUAGCCACGAUGCAUAUAGGCCAAGUCAGGACACGAACUGAAUUCAUGAGAUCGGUGAUGGGACUAAAUCGUGAGAAGGAUGUGUGCAAUGAUUUCAGAAUAUAUCGAUAUGUAGCUUUGGA